UUUUUGUUCAAGUUCUUGUAUUCAUUCAUUUCUGUUAGUCCCUGGUUAAUAUUUAGGUGCUCACCCUUCAAUUUGAAAUUUACUAUAUUGUUGUGAUUAAGGGAUAAUCUAAUAGUAAUAAGAAACUAAAAUAAAUGAUUAGUUUGUGGAGUUGUGGCAAUGACAUGCUUAAUGACAACGUUUUGUGAAAUUGUAGUGUGUCUGCAAUUUUCGAGGUGGAUUGAAUGUAAUGAAAACCAGGACUUUUAGGGUGAAGUUGGGUAGGCAGUACUUGCAGGGAGAUUUCAUAAUAGGCAUUGUUGUGGCCCAUGUUGGCUUUGGUAUCUUUUAAAUUUAAAUUGCCUUUUCUUCUGAAUGUGGACUGGAGGUAGCGUUUCUUUGGCUCAUUGGUAUAACAUCUGCCUAGCUAUAUUUGUUAAUUGUAUUGCUGGUUCACUCUGGUUAUAAUGCUUGAGUGAACCCUAAUUGGACUAAAUUUUUGAGCUUUGUGUAUGUAAAAAUUAUAGUAUUUGCAAGUUCAUGUACUUCUUUAUUUCUCAUUUAUGUUUAUAUAUCCUGUAAAGGAUGGAAAUACAUCUCGGGUAGAUGGUGAUGAUGUUGACUGGGAUACUGAUGAUGAGCUUGAGAUUGAAAACUUCACUUUAUCUUCUUCAGCUAAUCCAGGCUCUUGGGAGGCUCUUGAAAGUAGUCCUCCGGAGCAACAUUCUCUGCGAGAUUCUCCUCCAGAGCAGUGCUCUCCUCAAGAACAGCAACAAACUGACUCGGAUCUCUUUUCUUCAGAUUAUGAUGGGAGCUUUCUAGAUAGUUUUUCAGACCUCGUUAGCUCUGAUGACGAGGUAACCAUCGAUCCUACAUCUGAGGCGGAGACAAAACUUAUGUCCCUGGUUAAAAUGAGGUACAAUGAAUUGGAGGCUUCAAUGGCAAUAGAAAGAUGCGGUAUUGACUCGUUGCUUGUUGAUUUGACUGAUUUCAUAUCAGCUGCUCAAAUUUCAAAGGCAGAAGGUGGCCAUCUUCCCCUUGAAGAGAUGUGUUCACAUCUGCGAAGUGAGUAUGCUGAGAAGAAUAAAAGGAAACUUUGUGAAUCUUCAUUGCUGAAAAGGAAAAGGAUUAUGGGACAUGGAAACCAGAUCAUAGGGGAAGAUGCUGGUGCAGUUCAUCUCCCAAAUCCAAUAAAUGGGUUUGGGACUCCAGCUGAUCUCUGUCAAAUCCAGAGAAGUCUUCCAGAGGCAGCCACAGGACCUCCUUAUUUUUACUAUGAGAAUGUGGCAUUGACUCCUAAAGGAGUUUGGAGCACAAUAUCCCGCUUUUUGUAUGACGUGAAGCCUGAGUUUGUUGGUUCAAAGUAUUUUUGUGCUGCUGCAAGAAAGAGGGGUUAUAUGCACAAUCUUCCAAUCAAAAACAGAAUUCCUCUCGUUCCCCUUCUACCACAAACUAUUUCUGAUGCAUUUCCGAUGACAAGGAGGUGGUGGCCUACUUGGGAUGAUCGGACAAAGCUAAAUUGCUUACAGACUUGCAUUGCUAGUGCAACAAUUACUGACAGGAUCAUGAAGGCUCUUAAAGACUAUAACGAAGAUGAAAUCCCACCAGAAAGUGUCCGUCGCUAUGUUCUUUAUGAAUGCCGCAUUUAGAUAGUCUCUGCUAAUAAAUUCGCUCCCAAAGGGCCCAAAGGGAAAACAAGAAACAAAAAAAACACAAUCAGCCAAUGUUUAUAGUAGAUUUUCACUUUUAUCGCAUACUCUCUGCUAUUAGUUUUACUUAUGGCCUUAUGGGUUCCACUUCUUCUGAAUGAUACAGUGGCUCAUCACCUGUCAGUUUUGAAAGAUCGAUUCCCCAAUGGCAUCAAUGUCCUCUCUCUCUCCUAUGGGAUUGGUGGUGCAGAGGUAGCUCUUUAUCAGCUUGGUAUCCCGAUGAAGAAUGUUGUGUCAGUGGAGACUACCUGAAGAAACGUUGUGAGGUGUUGGUGGGAGCAGACAAACCAGAGACGGAACUUGUAUCAGCUUGCUGAUGUGCAAAAGUUGAAUGCUGACCGCUUAGAGCAUUAUAUCAGUUCCUUUGGCGGGUUUGAUCUGGUGAUUGGUGGCAGUCCAUGUAACAAUCUUGCGGGUGGCAACAGACACCAUCGGGAUGGGCUUGAGGGUAAAGAGUCUUCUCUUUUUUAUGAUUAUUUUUGUAUAUUGGAUUUGGUCAAGGGUAUUAUGGCAAGAUACAAUUGAGUGUAUGUAUAACUCUAUAUUUUAGAUGAAUGAACCAUUGGAUCUCUUUGUUUCUGA